CAAUACACACACCAUUCUUUAAAUUUCCAUUAAUCACUUCAUUAAUUCAAUCACAAAACCCACAUAUUUAUCUUCAUCAUCCACUUUGAUUAUAUUCAAUUCAAUUAUUAUUACCAUCCAUUUAAUAUACUUUUUCCAAGAUCUUCAUACCUUUUUUUUGUGGGCAUAUUUUAUCACAAAAAAUAGUGAAAAAGAUCAUUUGAAGCAGAGCUCAUAUAUGUAGGUAUUUCAAAGACACUGGGGGGACUGUUUUUAUAACGUACACGGGCUAUUCUGUUGAAUACAAAUGUGUGAUUAACAGUUAUCAGUGGAUAUAGUGUACGCGCGGUGAAUGGGCCUGAAAGACAUGCAGACAUUGUCCCCAACUCGCCAACGUUCUCCAUUAAAGAAGCCUAUGUGGAUUAUCAUAUUGCUUGCUUUGGUUUCUGUGUUCUUAGUUGUGGUGUAUGUUCAUCCACCUCGAGACUCUACUGCCUGCUAUAUCUUUUCGUCUUCCAGCUGUAAAACCAUCUCGAGCUGGCUUCCACCUCCUGAAAGACAACUUAGUGACGAGGAGAUUGCUUCUCGUAUUGUAGUUAAGAAUUUGCUGAAUAAUCCACCAAUUGAAACGAAAAAUCCUAAGAUUGCUUUUAUGUUUUUGAGUCCUGGAUCAUUGGCUUUUGAGAGAUUGUGGGAGAAAUUUUUUCAGGGUCAUGAAGGUAGAUUUACCAUUCAUAUUCAUGCAUCUAGAGUUAAACCAGUCCAUUCUAGCCGUUUCUUCCAGAAUCGGGAAAUUCGUAGUGACAAGGUAGAUUGGGGGAAAAUUUCAAUGGUUGAUGCUGAGAAACGACUUUUGGCUAAUGCAUUGAAAGACCCUGACAAUCAGCAUUUUGUGUUACUUUCUGACAGCUGUAUACCAUUGCGUGAUUUUGAUUAUGUGUACAAUUAUCUCAUGUACACAAAUGUCAGCUUUAUUGACAGCUUUGAGGAUCCUGGUCCACAUGGAAGUGGUCGUUACUCAGAGCAUAUGUUACCUGAAGUCGAAAAGAAAUUCUUUAGGAAGGGCGCUCAGUGGUUCACGAUGAAACGUCAACAUGCGGUCAUAGUUAUGGCUGAUAAUCUAUACUAUACAAAGUUCAGAGACUAUUGCAGGCCUGGUAUGGAUGGGCGCAAUUGUUAUGCAGAUGAACAUUAUUUGCCAACCUUUUUCCAUAUGUUUGAUCCUAACGGGAUAGCAAAUUGGUCGGUGACGCAUGUUGAUUGGUCUGAACGAAAAUGGCAUCCGAAAUCAUACGGACAGAAGGAUGUAUCUUACAAGCUUAUCAAAAAUCUCGCGUCUAUUACUGAAAGUGUUCAUGAAUCAAGCAAUCUAAAGCGGGUAACUACAGUUACGCCUUGUAUGUGGAAUGGCAUAAACCGACCGUGUUACUUAUUUGCAAGAAAGUUCUUGCCCGAGACCUUAGACAAGAUGAUUGAACUUUUCCCAAGUUACAUGACAUUUUGAUUCUGAAAGGUUAUAUCUUUACUUUUUAUUCUUUGGCCGGGUCACAAUGUCAGACCCAUUUGGUCCGAACAGUUUUCACAUUGUUGUAAAGCCAUCUCCACCCUCACUCUUUUCAAACUUGGGUCCGUUUUCGAGUUUAUUCACAGUUGGGACAGGUUUGCGUUGACAGUGAGGAAGAAAGGUUUGAGAAAUCUGUUUGAUGGUUCAUUUUGGUUGUUUUUAAGGUAGAAGCUUUGGCCAAUAAUUUUUUUUUUUUUUUUCUGUAAUUUUUUAGGGUGACAACCCAUAAUGAAUAUAAUGCAUAGUAGGAAUAGGAUUUUGCAUGGCUGUGUUAAUUUUAUUAAGAAUUUUGUUAUGCGUUAAUGAAAGGUUUGUACAUAAUUUGGAGUAGCAAAAAAGCGUCUUGUGAGAAACAUGGUUAGCGGUGUACAGCUUUUUGUAAUGAAUGUUCAUAUAUCGUCCAAUCUAGUUAAAAAUUAAAUGUGUA